CUGGAAGUUGUCUUUCUCCAAAGCUUCGAGCUGCCGACUAAGUCUCCUCUGGCGCGUUGCAUCGUCCAAAACCCUCCUCUGGCCGGCCUCCACCCUCGCCGAGUUCUUCUUCUCCAGCACCAUGUUGUCUCCCCGUUUCCGGAUGUUGUCUCGACAGGAAUGGGACGGGCCACAAACCGGAAGUUGGUUUCCGCGCUUUAUGCGCAGAAUUGAAGAGUGGCGGGAUUUGUUGUCAAGUCAAGCUGUUGGGAAAAAUUGUCGUCAUGGAUUAUAAAAGGCGCAAUGGUGCACCAUUCGCUGGUGGCGUUUCGCAGGCCAAACGCAGCAAGAUGGCCGGUGAAUGGGAGGACAGUCCCUCACAUUUUGAGGAGGAAUUGUCCAUGUUUGAUGAUGUGGACAUGGAUUCAGAGGAGCUGGAGGGGCAAGCUGGGCAUGAUGUUAUUCCUGUUGGUGACCUCUUUUCGGCAGACCUUAACCCUCGCUGGCGGAGGCCUCAUGCCCCUGCACUGGACCCAUCUUCUGAUUCUUUGGUGUUUCAACAGAUUGAUCUGGACUAUUAUUUAGGAGCGGCUGUAGCAGGCAUGCCUGGUCAGUUGUACGGCAAAGUCCCCAUCAUUCGCAUGUUUGGAGUGACAGACAAUGGAAAUAGUGUAUGCUGUCACGUUCAUGGCUUUGCGCCUUACUUCUAUGUCCCGGCCCCAAAUGGUUUCACAGCGGAUAACUUGGGUGACUUUAAAAGGGAACUCAACUCUGCUGUGUUGAAGGACAUGCGCUCCAACAAAGACAACAUGUCCGUCACCGUGCUUGCUGUGGACAUCACCCGUAAAGAAAGUAUGUACGGUUACCACGGCAACCGAAGCUUGGAUUUCUUGCGGAUAACCAUGGCGAUGCCUCGUCUCGUUGCCCCCGCCAAGCGACUGCUGGAGCAGGGCUUGAAGUGCGGGCCUUUUCCCAUGCACUGUUACCAAUCCUUUGAGGCCAACAUCGAUUUUGAAAUAAGAUUCAUGGUGGACUGCGAUGUGGUCGGAUGCUGCUGGAUCGAACUCCCGAAAGGCCGAUACAGAGUCCGUGAGGAAAAAAAUGCAAUGGACACAUCUCAGCUCCCGGGCAAGGAGUCCUUAUGUCAGUACGAGGUGGAUGUGGCAUGGACCGACCUGAUAAGUCACCCAGCGGAAGGAGAGUGGCAGAGGAUCGCGCCGCUCCGCGUCCUCAGCUUUGACAUUGAAUGUGCCGGAAGAAAAGGAAUCUUCCCGGAAGCUGACAAAGACCCGGUGAUUCAGAUAGCGUCCAUGGUGCAGCGGCAGGGUGAGACGGAGCCCUUCAUUCGCACCGUCUUCACGCUUCAGUCCUGCGCCAGCAUUGUGGGCUCUCAGAUUUUGUGCUUCACUCAAGAGAAGGACCUUCUACAGGCAAGCGCUCUGUUGACACAUUCCGCACCACUUGAUAAUAAGUCUCAACGUGAUAUUUUUUUGUCUGAGCAGAGCUGGGCUGAAUUUUUAAGAACAGUAGACGCCGAUAUCGUCACCGGAUACAACAUCCAGAACUUUGACUUCCCCUACUUGCUCAACCGGGCUGCCGCAUUAAAGGUCAAUCCGUUUCCAUAUUUGGGCCGGGUGAGAAGGAUCAAGUCGGUGUUGCGGGACCUCAACUUCCAGAGCAAGCAGAUGGGCCGCAGAGAGAACAAGAUCAUCAACAUGGAGGGCCGCGUUCAGUUUGAUCUGCUGCAGGUUCUGCUCAGGGACUACAAACUGCGCUCCUACACACUGAAUGCCGUGAGUUUCCACUUCCUGCAAGAACAAAAGGAGGACGUGCAGCACUCCAUCAUCACCGAUCUUCAGAACGGCAACGAACAGACGCGGCGACGUUUGGCCGUGUAUUGCCUGAAAGACGCCUACCUGCCGCUUCGCUUGCUGCAGAAGUUGAUGUGCGUGAUCAAUUACAUGGAGAUGGCCAGAGUGACCGGAGUGCCUCUGACCUAUCUGCUCUCCAGAGGUCAGCAGAUCAAAGUCGUCUCCCAACUACUGCGACAGGCCGCCAAGCAGGACCUGGUAAUGCCUGUUGUGAAGCCGCAGGGAGGAGAAGAUUACACCGGAGCCACCGUUAUUGAGCCAGAGAAAGGCUAUUACAGCGUUCCCAUCGCCACCUUGGAUUUUUCGUCCCUGUAUCCGUCCAUCAUGAUGGCGCACAAUCUGUGCUACACCACCUUGCUGCAGAAAGGUGCGGCCGAUAAACUGGGGUUGUCACCAGCGGACUUCAUCAAAACGCCCACCGGCGAUCAGUUUGUCAAGAGUUCCGUGAGGAAGGGCCUCCUACCUGAGAUCCUGGAGAACUUGCUGUCCGCUAGGAAGAGGGCGAAAGCGGAGCUGAAGAAAGAAACGGACCCUUUUAAGAAGCAGGUCCUGGAUGGUCGGCAGCUGGCCCUCAAAAUCAGUGCAAACUCCGUCUACGGCUUCACGGGAGCUCAGGUGGGCAAGCUGCCCUGUCUGGAGAUCUCUCAGAGCGUGACCGGAUUUGGAAGACAGAUGAUUGAGGAAACCAAACGAUUAGUGGAGUCCAAGUACAUCAUUUCUAAUGGUUACCAAGGUGACGCCAAGGUAAUUUAUGGAGACACGGACUCUGUCAUGGUCAAGCUUGGCGUUGCCACGGUGCAGGAAGCCAUGAACGUUGGGAAAGAGGCCGCGGAGUGGGUGUCUUCCCAUUUCGUAGCCCCCAUCAAACUGGAGUUUGAGAAGGUGUACUUCCCGUACUUGCUGAUCAACAAGAAGCGCUACGCCGGCCUCUACUUCUCCUCCAACGCAGACGCGCACGACAAGAUGGACUGCAAAGGCAUCGAAACCGUCCGCAGGGACAACUGCCCUCUUGUGGCCAAUCUUAUUAACACUUGCCUGCAGAAAAUCCUCAUAGACAGGGAUCCCCAGGGUGCCGUGACUCACGCCAAAGAGGUGAUCUCUGACCUGCUGUGCAACCGCAUCGACAUCAGCCAGCUGGUCAUCACCAAGGAGCUGACGCGCACGGCACAGGAGUACGCUGGCAAGCAAGCGCAUGUGGAGCUGGCUGAGAGGAUGAAGAAGCGAGACGCAGGCAGCGCUCCAAACCUGGGAGACCGCGUUCCGUACGUAAUCGUGAAGGCCGCCAAAGGAGCGGCGGCGUACAUGAAGUCAGAGGACCCUAUCUACGUGCUGGAAAACAAUAUUCCCAUUGACACGCAGCACUACCUGGACCAGCAGCUGUCCAAGCCCCUGCUGAGAAUAUUUGAGCCCAUUCUUGGGGAGAGCAAGGCAGAGAGCGUCCUCCUCAAGGGCGACCACACGCGCUGUAAGACCGUGUUGACGUCGAAGGUCGGCGGCCUGAUGGCGUUUGCUCAGAAGAGGAGCACUUGCAUUGGCUGCAAGGCUGUGCUCAAGACGGACGCUGCUGUUUGCGAUUUCUGCAAGAAGAAGGAGUCGGAACUGUACCAAAAAGAGAUUUUCCAUUUAAACACACUGGAGGAGCGUUUCUCUCGACUGUGGACUCAGUGUCAGCGUUGCCAAGGCUCGCUCCAUGAAGACGUCCUCUGCACCAGCCGCGACUGUCCCAUCUUCUACAUGAGGAAGAAGGUUCAAAAAGAUCUGGACGAUCAGGGCAAGCUGGUGUCUCGUUUUGGAUGGUGAAGCAAAUGUGCUUCAGUUCACUUAUGGAGUUGUUUGAUCACCGUUUUUUGUCAGUGUUUGUGAAAAAAAAAAAAAGGCAUAUUUUGUAUGUUAAACUAAUAAAAUGUGAACUCUUUUCAAA